AGUCAAAUCUGUCGCUAACCUUUAGUUAUGCUGAACCAGAGCAUGUUGUCAUUUUUCAGCUUGAGCUUGGAUGAGAGGAAUACUCAGUAGUACCACCAGAGCUUAGAAGGCAGCACCAAAUAUAUACUGUAAUCUAGGGGCAGACGCCAGCUGAAACUUUUAUAAAACUAAAAGAAAGAAGAAACAAAGAACCAAGUCCAAAAAAAGCAAGGACGUGGACAAGACCAAAGUAUGGAGUCAGUGCCUGAGAUGAAAAGGACUAGGUUCCACAGAAUGAACUUUGAAGCAGAGAUUCUGACAGCUCCAUGCAACAAUUCAGAGCUAUACAUGAUCCCUACCAUGAGAAGCCUCACAGCAGAAGAAUAUGUACAGGCCUUUAAGUCAUUCUUGGAUCACUCGACUGAACAUCAAUGUAUGGAACAGUUCAUUAAUAAAGAAAUGCCCAAAAUACUAGCCAGUCUUGGAAAUGGAAAAUCCACUAUAAAUGUUCUGGGAGUUGGAAGUGGCACAGGUGAACAGGACUUGAAAAUGAUCAAGAUAAUGCAGGCACAGCACCCAGGAGUCUUGAUUAAUAAUGAAGUCAUAGAACCGAAUCCACAGCAUGCUGCAUCAUACAAAGCAUUAAUUAAUAAAUCUACUGAUCUUCAGAAUGUCUCAUUUAUUUGGCACCAGAUAACUUCCACUGAGUAUGAACAGCAAGUGAAAGAGAAAAAUGCACCAAAGAAAUUUGACUUCAUACAUAUGAUUCAGAUGCUUUACCGUGUGGAUGAUAUUACAAAUACCAUCAAGUUUUUCCACAGCUGCCUGGACCAAAAUGGCAAACUUCUGAUCAUAAUUUUAUCAGGUAGCAGUGGAUGGGCCAGCAUAUGGAAGAAAUACAGGCACUGCUUGCCCUUAACUGACAGUGGCCACUACAUCACAUCUGAUGACAUCAAAGAUAUUUUGGAUGGAAUGGAAGUUGAAUACCAAGUGUACGAUUUCCCAUCUGGCUGGGAUAUCACCAAAUGUUUUAUUGAAGGUGAUAUGACUGGGGGUCACAUGAUGGAUUUCCUAACAGGGACUAAAAACUUCAUGGGCACUGCACCUCUUGAUCUUAAGAAGCGCCUCCAAGAGGCUCUGUGCCAGCCAGAAUGUAGCCACAAAAAAGAUGGAAGCAUCAUUUUCAGUAAUGAUUUGAGUAUGAUUGUAGUCAAAUCCUAACACCCAGGAGUAGAUGCUGACAUUAUUUUCAUCAGACAAGCUGCACAGGGGUAAGUGCCAGGCUCCCCAAGAGAAGAAUCUUAAAAAUCUUUUUUGUAUAGCUGGGAGGGAGAUUGUUGCAGCUUUAUGAGGAGUGAUAGGACAAAGAGGGCUUAGCAUGAAACCUCUUAUCUAUAGUCAGAAUGUCAACACCAAGUGUGAAAUCUUGCCCCAAAUGAAGUCAGCAGGGGCUUUGCCAUUGACUUCAAUGGGCCAGGAUUUCACCCAACAUAUUUAGUCUAGUCUGGACCUUGCAUAACGUAUUUUAGGAAUGGAAUCCUACGUUUCUGCACAGGAUUCCUCCACAAACAAGUAUGAUAGCAGAUGUUAUAUAUGAACAACUCUAGAAACUUGAAAAAAGGAGAAAAAAUGUACCAAAAUUCUGUAGAGUUUUUAUUAUGCUUGUAUUGUGUGUACAAUGUAGGGUGCUACGUGUUUUCUGUGUACAGUACCUUUACAUUUGUAAGAAUUCAGUAACCAUGUUGUUUUCAGAAUUGCUAUAACCUGUACCUGAAGAAAUAUGUAUACUGUGCUCUUUGAUACAAAAGUCUGUGUUUUGUUCUUUAUAUAGACAUAAUAUGAAUUCUGGUUAUAGAGAUGGGACUGCAAACUAACAAUGAGCUUAAAAAAAUUCCAGAAAAAAGUAUAAUGUUUCUCUGUUUUAACAAGAAAAGUAAAAAAGUAAAAUGGUUACUUCUGGAAAGUUUGUUUUGUUUUGUU